AUGGCCAAACUUGGUCCAGUAUUCCUCAUAGCAACAGCGGCUAUUAUUCUGCUUUUAUUUGGAGUACUCUGUUAUCUCAUGAGGACUGUUAAUCCGAAACCGAUUCCAGAAAACGCCAGGAGAUACAGCUCACAAAUCAUACCAUUUACGGAAGAACUGCGGCAGAAUGGUAAUUUAGAAUAUGGUUUAGAAAAGCUUCCAGAAAAUGUUACUGUACAUGUUAAACCUUCCACCGAGAGUAAUAUCCAACCCUUUUCGUCUGAUAAUGCUGUCGUUGUCGUACCUUUAGGGUCAAACAUUACGAAUAACUCUCAUGUCAAAGAUAAUAUAACAUCAGAAAAUGAAACAACUGACAUGGAUUCUCUUCUUUCAAACAUAAAGGGACAAAGAAGAUCAAUUAAAUACGACGACGAAUAUUUUAAUUUAAUCAAAAUCCCUAGUUCGUUAAUUUUAAACCUCAGAGAUUAUGCUGGACCAAAAAUUAUUAUAAAUUUGAGCCCUGAAAACAGUAAUAAAAGAGGAAGAAAAAGAAGUUCCAGUAAGGAAAAGGGUUACAACAAAACUGUCAUUGUUCUAGAAGUCAAUGAAUCUAUUCUUCUAAAUCUAAUGGGGAAUACAGUAGAUGUGAAUACUUUUGAUGAAGAGGAACCAAAUAUUAUAAAUAACGAGUUAUCAUUUGAAAAUAUGACCUUCAAUCAUCUAACGGAAAAUCUAAUCAAUGAUUUAAUUAAUACUACAACAAUUCCAGAUACAAUCGUUAAUAGUGAUGCAAGUUCAUUCAAUACGACUAUGUUUUCUAAAGACCUAUCUGAAACCACUGAUUUUAUUGAAAACGAUCCUACCUUCACGUCCACUGAGAAAAUUACUUUUAAUGAUACAACAGACCCUAUAUCAAGUACUUUGGAGUUAGAUAAAACAACUACUGGUUUGAAUGAUCUUGUUGUUGACUUACUGAUGCAAGGAGAAACGUUAAAAGAUAGUCCACCGCCUAGUAAAAAUAUGUAUGAUAAUGCUUAUGUCACUUUAUAUAAUUAA